GCUUUAAUCCAUUUCGUGUCCUCGUUCCCAUCAACUAUCAAUGUCUGGCGACGAUGAGUCCAGUGGUUGGCAGCUGACAGAGUCUGACCCAGGUGUAUUUACUGAGCUGCUAAAAACCCUUGGGGUGCCUUACAUAGUCGACGAUCUGUACUCCCUUGAUCCCGAAUCUCUUGCUUCUCUGCAGCCUUUGCAUGCGCUGAUAUUUCUUUUUAAAUGGCUUCCGUCGUCUUCAGAUGAGCCUGCUGUGAACGCAGGCCACUAUGACGCAGAAUUUCCCGGUUUUUUCGCUCACCAAACUGUCAAUAAUGCUUGCGCAACUCUCGCUGUCAUUAAUGCCUUGGGAAAUAUCCCCGAGAUCCCUUGUGGGUCUCAGUUGAGUGACCUUCUUAGUUUCACCACUGGGAUGGAUCCACAGACAUGCGGGAUGGCCAUUACAAGCGCCGAUUGGCUUAGAGAGGCUCAUAACUCCCUGUCACCGCCCAGUGCUAUCUCAUUGGAUGGCCUGGGCUUGCCAAGUAAAUCUGAGGAGGCCUACCACUUUGUCGUCUAUCUUCCAGUAAUGGGCAGUCUGUACGAACUGGACGGACUGAAGAGAUGUCCUGUGCAGCACGGCGCCUACGAAGAAUCCGGUGAAGGGUGGGUCAAGCGAGCCAGGGAAGUCAUCGAAUCCCGGAUAGCCACCUAUCCAACCGGUGCACUUGAAUUCAGUCUUCUCGCGCUUCGGAAUGAUCCAUUGCCGUCUAUGCAAAUGCAGCUGAAACACUUGCAGGAUUCCAGAAGAGAAUCUGAAGCUGCGGAGAUCAUUGUAAAGCUCACAAACGAGACUUCCAAACGAGAGCGGUGGGCGUUCGAGAACAGCCUUCGUCGACAUAAUCACGUUGGCUUGGCCCAUGCGUUGCUCGUUGCUCUUGCCAAAGCUGGCAAACUUGAUUCUGCGAAGGAAGUUGCGAAACAGGUAAUGAAGGACCGCAUUGAAAGGCGCAAAGAGAUUGGGGACAUGGAUGAGGAUUAGCAUGUAAUGCAGAUUACUCAUUUAUUCAGCAGGUCAGUUGCGCUAAAAUCGGCCUAUUGGAUGUGGCUCGUCACCCCUUUCGCUCCAUGUUCAUUACAAAAACACAACUGUCGGAUUUAUCCUUGUACCCAUGCAUGAACUGGACAAUUGUUUUUUGGACUUU